AUCCACGAAGCCCUGCUUACUUCCGGGUUCAGGACGACGAGCCCAGACGAAGCUGAUUUCUUCUUUGUUCCCGUUUACGUCUCCUGCAACUUCUCUACCGUUAACGGGUUCCCUUCUUUGGCCCACGCUCGCCCUUUAAUCGCCUCUUCGAUUGCUGAAAUCAAAACCAAGUAUCCGUUUUGGAACCGGACCAACGGCCGAGACCACAUGUUUGUGGCCUCCCUUGAUUACGGCGCUUGCUUUCAUGCAAUGGUGUGCGGUGCUUUUAUGAUUUCACAUGAAAAUUUUGAAAUUUUUAGAGCGAGAGUUUGUGAAGUUUGGAUUUUUUUUGGUUUUGUUUUGUUUUUGAAUGCAGGAGGACGUGGCUAUCGCCGACGAAAUUCCUGAGUUUUUGCGGCGAUCGAUUCUGAUGCAGACGUUCGGGGUGACCUCGCCGCACGUGUGCCAGGAAGCGGAGCACGUGCUGAUACCGCCGUACAUACCGCCGGGGAUUCUCCGAUCUCCGCCUCCGGAGACGGCGAGGAGGGACAUUUUCGUCUUUUUCCGGGGGAAGAUGGAGGUUCAUCCCAAAAACAUCAGCGGACGUUUCUGCAGCAAGUAUGAUUAUGGCAUACAUGCGUAUUUUUUUAUCAAGGCGAUCCUCGAGGGAAGGGAGAUAAUAAACGUUGAAGCCUUGCACAUGGAGUCGCAUAUGCUACGAGUAGGACUUGCUGCUCAACUCAUAUGUGAAGGGCGUGAAUGGAAAAAAAAAAACCGCGGUUUGAAAUUAGACAGUGAUGAUGCAUAA